AUGGCACUGACAGUGUUCGAGACCACCGAGCAGCAGCUCCUCCCGUGCCAGCAGGCCGUCGAGCAGGGCGCUGGCGCUGGCGGCAAGGCUGCCGCUGCUGGCGCCGAGAAGGCUGCUGCCGUCAUGCUCAAGGAGACGGACCACGGCGGCGACGACGACCGGCCGGCGGAGAGGGACGACAUAUGGAACAUGAUCCAGGCGCAGAAGCCGCCGCCCGCCGCGCCCAGGCAGGCGCAGGCGCAGGCGCCGUACGUGCACCCGCUCGUGCGCCGCUCGUCCAGCCUGCUGACGCAGAAGAGUCUGGAGAUCUGCACCGAGAGCCUCGGCUCGGAGACCGGCUCGGACGGCUUCUCCGACGCCGACGGCUCCGCCACCGACCGCUCGUGCCCGGGCUCCGACGACGAGAGCGGGGGGGAGGAGGUGGCCCCGCGCGCGGCCCCGCCCAGGGCGUUCCCGCCGCCGCUGCCGUCGCUGGCGCGGCGCAAGGUGGAGUCCACCAUGGAGAUGAGGCAGGAACGCCAGGACGGCCGCCUGCUCGUCAAGGUCGUCCCCGUGGCGUCGUCCACCCUGUUCCGCGCGCAGCGCCGCGGCGGGCGCCUGCUCCUGUCGUUCGCGGACACGGCCGCGCCCCCCGCCCCCGCCGCCUCGGACGAGGUGGACAGGACCCGCCCCCAGCCGGAGACCGAGCAGCAGCAGGCCGACGAGGAGGACGAGGAGGAUGAGGUCGAGGUCGUGGACAGGGGAACGGUCGUCGAGGUGAAGGUGAGCGCGCAGCCGCAGGCGCGCAGCGGGAGCGGCCCGCGGGUGCACCGCUCCGCGCUCGUCAUCAACAAGUUCGUGGGCGCCGAGCCGGUCACCUCCUGCGAGAUCGACGACAGCGCCACAGCCCCGAGGCGCUCCACUGGGUCCACCACCACAGCGGUCGCGGCCCUGGCAGCGGCCUCGGCGCUGAGCGCGACCGCCGCGCCGCCGAACAAUGGCGACGACGCCGUCCCCGGCGCCACGUGCGGCGAGAACAAACUCCUGAUGACGGCGAAGCGCCACAGCAGCAAGGAGGAGCUGAUGAAGCACAUGCGCCGGUGCAGCGGGCAGCUGAGCCCGUCGCUUUUCGUUUGGGAGGGGUGCAUCGCAACCUCCUCCUGA